AGAGACAUCGCGAAAAGAAGAUUGAGUUUUAUUUUAGCGAUCCCAAUCUUCAGAAGGAUAGAUUUUUAAGACAAAAAAUAACAGAAAGCGAGAAUGGAAGUAUUGAAAUUGGGACGAUUGCAAAUUUCAAUAGAAUGAAACAAUUGUGUGGGUACAUUUCUCUUGUUGUAAAAGCAAUGAAACGAUGUUCGUCUAUUGAGGUGAUUGAUAAGAAAUGGUUGAAACUAUCGAAGCCACUGCCUGAACCAAAAAAUGUUCAUUUACAAACAAUUUAUGUUGAAGGAUUACCAUCUAAUGCUGAACAUAAGUGGUUAAAAUCAUUGUUUUCAUCUUGUGGCAAUGUGGUUUACGUUAGUUUGCCUCGCACAAGUUGAACAAAAAAUAAAAGGUUUUGCUUUUGUUGAGUUUGAGAAUGAAAGAAGCUGAUGCUGCACUGAAGAUGUUUGCUGACAGUUCUAUUGAUCAGAGUUCAUUCUAGGAAGGACCAGACAUGUUAACUGUAGAAGAUGAGGAAAUUGAUAAAUUUAGCAUUGAAAACGCUGAGAAGAAAAAGAAACGAAAAUGUACCUCAAAUGACUCUGAUAAAGAGUAGAAAAUGCGAAAGAAACUGAAAUUCAAACACUUAAAGAACGACGAUGUAGAAGAAGUAAUCAUUUUGAAAGAACUUGAACCAACAAAAACUAAAAUCGAAAAAGGCAAUGCACUGGAAAUUUUUAAAAA